GACUCCCUGACGUACAGUCCUCCGCUCCGCGCUGAUGCAGGGGGGGGUUUCCAUCAUGGCGUCGAUGCAGAAAAGGCUACAAAAGGAACUAUUAGCCCUGCAAAAUGAUCCGCCCCCAGGAAUGACUCUAAACGAAAAAAGUGUACAGAACACCAUUACACAGUGGAUUGUAGACAUGGAGGGAGCACCUGGCACACUGUACGAAGGAGAGAAAUUUCAGCUGCUUUUCAAAUUUAGUAGUCGAUAUCCCUUUGAUUCACCUCAGGUAAUGUUCACAGGAGAGAAUAUACCUGUCCACCCUCAUGUGUAUAGUAACGGUCACAUCUGUCUAUCUAUCCUAACGGAAGAUUGGUCGCCAGCCCUCUCAGUGCAAUCAGUUUGUCUUAGCAUUAUCAGCAUGUUGUCCAGCUGCAAAGAAAAGAGACGACCGCCUGAUAACUCCUUUUAUGUAAGAACGUGUAACAAAAAUCCAAAGAAGACAAAAUGGUGGUAUCAUGAUGAUACAUGCUAAUGUACAAACUUUGUAAUAAUCGUAGAAGAAAGAAGUCCUACUGACCUACGUAAAGCACUUUUUAAAUCAUUCAGUCUUUGAACUCUGACCUUUGACUGGAACAAUGGACACCACGCGCUGGAGGCUCUUGACUGCAUAUACCCCAUGGACAGUUGGAUGCAUGUUUUAGUCGGCUGUAAUAUAGAGAACGAAAAUAAUGGAACGUUUAGAUGCACCCGAGACGGUUCGUUUUUUGUUUGUUUUUCUUGGCAAAAAGGUAGUGACGCAGCGAGCGAGCGAGCAAGCAAAGUGGAUUUGUAGUGAGAUGAUUAUAAUUCCUGUUUUAAGAUUAUUAUUGUUACUUUUUCGUUUGUGUGUGGGUGCAUUUUAAGGUCCUUGUGUUGUGCAAUAAUAACUGAUGGAUGCAUGCUUGGGCCUACAAAGAGAAAUCCAAAAGUAAUCGUUUUCUGGAAGGGAUCUGACCAUCGUAACCCCAAGAAAAUGCUUCAUCUGUGUGUUUAUUUUUAAAUUAUAUGCACUGUGAAAGUAUCUAGUAAAGGCACUAUUAGUAUGUUAUUCCCAACUUGCAGUCGGACUGUAAGCAGUCCUCCACUUAUUUAUCAGGUUAAAGGGUUUUAGUUUGCAACACUGUAUCAAGAGUAGACGCAAUUUUCUUCUUCAUCUUCCAACUUCAGACCUGGGCUGCAGUUGUUCCUGCUGAUGGACAGAAUGUCGGUACAGAUGGGAAUAAAACAGAUGCGACGCUUUAGUCAGCUGAUGACCUCAGUGUGUGUCUCCUGGUAAAGUCGGGCUGAACUCGUGUAGUGUUCACCAGUCCAGUCUAGAAGAUGUACAGCAGCCUCUCUUCCAUUUAAAGAAUGUCUGUGUGAGAACAUUGUUGCAUGAUCCAUUUUUAUUUGUACGAUACAUUUUUUUUUUUUUUUUUUAAAUUUCAUGCUUUAAUCUUUUAAGAUGUUUGAUUUUAAAAUGUCUUUUUUGUACUGUUUUUCAACUAGCUGAUACUUUGAAAAGGGGGGUUGUUUUGAUGGGUCAGUAUGUUUUGGGAUUUUUUUUUUUCUUUUUGUAUUUGUUAUUUAAUUUAAAUCUUUGUUCUUCAGAAUGGUAAUGAAUGACGAAAAGGAGAGUCUUUAUAGAAGUCGUAUAGACGAGGCUUUUGUGAUUUCCCCCCCGGUCAGAGUUUUGGCUCAGGUACUUUUUUUUCAAUAAAGAGAUCACCUCUAAAAAGAUACCUAUCAGAUAUUUUGAAUUUAACUAUAUUUUCACCAAAAGAGACUGUUAUGUUGUAAACUUAUAACACGUCUGAAACUAUUGUAUAUAAGUCUUUAAAUUGUUGGAUGACGUGAACGAAAUUAGCAGAGGAUGCUUUUACUUUAUAGCAGAAUGAUAAUAGGAGUGCUUUAUUUCAUUGGAAAUUGUCCUGCAUCUUUUGCUAAUUAGGAUGUGUACAGACAGCAACAAACACUACUGUUGGUUUAAAAAAAGAAGUUUAGUAGUUUUACAGUGGGGGUGCAUGCAAUUUUAAACCCUACUUUUUUUUCUUAUUGGCAUCAGACAUUGUGACAACUUUGAGUCUUUCCAUAACUUAGGUAAUGGUUUAUGGGAUGGAUAUUACAAACCUCGCCUCCAGAGGCUGUGUGGCUCUUUGUCAUUUCAGACUGUAAUCGACUCCAUUCCUAAAGAAAUGUUUAUCGCCAUCCAGUCAGAGAUACUUGAAUUUUUCCAUCUUGGGUUGUUUGUAUUGCAUUUGCUUUUUCCAGGGUCUAGCUGAGUUUUCUUGAAUGAACUUGAGUGAAUGUGAUGAUACUCUAUACUGUAGAGAAGAUUACCACAGCACACCGCUAUCUCAAAAACUAUAUUGAUAACUUAAAGACAUCUAUUUAACCAAUGAUUUUUUUUUUACUAGCUUCAUUGUAAUGGUCUUGCCUGCUGUCGCAGAGAAAUGGACGGUAGUACUGAGAUAAUUGUGUAAAUGCAGUCACAACAGCAUUUGUGUGGGGACAAGAAGCCUUCACCCAGUGGGCAGUGGAUCAGAAGAGAUUUUGAAAAACUUUCGAGUGAAUAUGUUGCAAACAGUUUGGAUGUGACAUGUUUUUUUUUUUCUUCCUAGGUUUUUUUCUUUUCAUUUUUUUUCUUUUUCAAUGCUGUUUGAACUCUUAGCUUGCAGGUUGUUGUGAGUGAUCAACACUAAUGAGGGUGUGUUAUUUAUAUUUGACAUUUUGUUCUGGGAUGUGCAAGCUCCAUGUAAUAGGUGCCUGUUCAUUUUCAUAAUCAAUAAUAAAAGCAAAGAUUCACUUUUA